AUGAUGUGGACCUCUCACGAUUCUGUUGGAUUUGUUUUCCUAGCCGGAUUCUGUGUGCAAUUGGGAUUCUCCUUUGAAGGUCGCUUCACGGAUAUGCCCUCAAACAUGACGGUUAAAGAGGGGCAAAACAUAGAAAUGGCGUGCGCCUUCCAGAGCGGAACCGCGUCCGUGUAUUUGGAGAUCCAGUGGUGGUUCGUGAAAGCGCCGGAACCCACCGACAGCGAGGAGGAGGUCGAUACUGAAGAGAUGGAGAUGAUACCAGAGCCUGAUCCCGAUGACGAGGGCUCAAAAAUAAGUACAGUGAAAGUCCAGGGCAACGACAUAUCACACAAGCUGCAGAUCUCCAGAGUCAGCAAGGGCGACGAAGGACUGUACGAGUGCCGAGUGACACGGGCUAACUACGGGGAGAUUGUGGAGUACAAAGCCCAGGCUUGGCUGAGGGUUAACGCCACAGUCAGGCCACGACGGCCACUGGUGCCUCCCAAGAAAAGCUCCCCGCUGCACCUAACGGACAAGAAGCCAAGAAAGUCCAGCUCACCUCUGGGCCAGGACAGCAUGAGCUCAGACCAGAGGGUCGCCUCCACCUCCACCUCUCACACAUCCUCCAACACAGCUAAACACAACCCCGGCUCAGAUCACCUCAAGCCAAAUGAGAUGUGGUGGGGAGGAAUAAGGGGUCAAAGCCCCACCGCCCCCCUACUGCUCCUCCCUUCAUCCUUCCCAAUCCCCAGCAGCCCAGACAAUCCAGAGCUGGGCCUCAAGUUGGAGAGGAAGACAGAUGAGCUUGACAUCUUCACCUGUGAUCUGCGGGACAUCCUGGAUGAAGAGCUUAGUGACGGGCCUGAGUCUGCUGGGUCAGUUUCCUCCAUGGCGGGUUCUCUUCCAGGCUCUUCCAGCUCCCAGUGGGGAGGACUGGAGAAUGUGAAUGCUGACGUGACGCUUGCUGCCGCUGUGGUCACGGUCUUAACUGGAUGCAGGCGUUUUCCCCCCUGGAAAAACCUUUUGUUAACGGGUAACAAGGACCCUCAGAAGUGUGUGCCCAAACUGCAGGGUCCUCGCUGGCGACGAGCAGAUUCACCACAACCUGUGGAUGGGACACAGAGAAUACAGGACACAGAGAAUACGGCUAGGUCCCCGGUCCCGAGGUCUGGUCACCCCGUGGGUAAGGCCUCAGCCCAGACUCACGUUGUCCCGUCCCUGACUUAA